AUGAACGCUCUCGCCAACGCCACCAGCUCUUCUCAGGCUGCGUCUAAAGCCUCUCCUAUUAGCACUGCCGCAACCAACGCCAGCGCCAGCGAUGCCCACGAGAGAGGACAGCCCGCCGCCGCCGCCGCCGGUUCCUCCGAACUCGCCCGUACAAAGAUAACUCUACUGGGUGCCCUCAAACGCUUCCCGGACUUCCCGAUCCCCGGCAUCAACUUUAUCGACAUUCUCCCGCUCUUCCAGGACGUUUCGAUCCACGCGACGCUGCUGCGCGCCUUGGAACUUCAGGUGCUCGAGCUAUUCGGCGAGCAGGCGAAACCCGAUGUCAUUGUCGGCCUGGAUGCCCGCGGCUUCUUGUUUGGUCCUUCGCUUGCCCUGCGUCUCGGCGCCAGCUUCGUGCCCGUCCGCAAAAAGGGCAAGAUGCCCGGCCCUUGCGUGACGGCCGCCUACGAGAAGGAGUAUGGGACCGAUUUCUUCCAGAUGCAGGAGGGCGCUGUGAAGCCCGGCCAGCGGGUUCUCAUUGUCGACGACAUUAUCGCUACCGGUGGUUCUGCUGCGGCUGCCGCCUCCCUGGUCAAGCAACUGGGCGGCGAUUUGAUCGGCUAUCUGUUCAUUCUUGAAAUUCCCGUCCUUAACGGCCGUUCCAAGCUUGGUGACGUGCCCGUUGUCACCCUUCUCGAGACCAACGAGUAA